ACAAGAGAGACUCACUGGCUGCGCACGGCUCGCACAAUUUCUAUCACAAUUCAAAUAAUGACUGGGAAAAAUUAUACAUUGAAUAUAUACUGUAGAUACUCAUUCUAUUGGGGUCCGUACUCUUUACACGUGUUAUUUUUGCAUGGUAAAACUGUGCUACAAUUGUAAGAUGAUGUGCGACGGAAAGAUAUGGACUGGAUUUCAGAUUUUUUUUAUUACGGACACAAAGACUUUAUCAGCAUGAAUUAGAUGAAGAAAAUAUAUCAAUGUUAAAUCUGAUCUUGAAUUUAGUACCAUGGCGAAUAGGAAAGGACAUUUAUUUUCCCUGUUCUACUUCAUCGUGGAGUUUUGUCUGAGUUCGCAGCAAGUCCUAAGAAUUGGGGGUAUAUUUGAGACCUUGGAGAAUGAACCCAUUAGUGUUGAAGAAUUGGCCUUCAAAUUUGCUGUUACCAACAUUAACAGAAACCGGACCUUAAUGCCAAACACCACCUUGACCUAUGACAUUCAGCGAAUAAACCUUUUUGACAGUUUUGAGGCUUCUAGGAGAGCCUGUGACCAGCUGGCACUAGGUGUGGGAGCUGUCUUUGGGCCCUCUCACAGCUCUUCAGUCAGUGCAGUCCAGUCCAUCUGUAACGCUCUGGAGGUGCCUCACAUCCAGACCCGCUGGAAACACCCUUCUGUGGAUAACAAAGACAGCUUCUACAUCAACCUAUACCCUGAAUAUGCCUCCAUCAGCAGAGCUGUGCUUGAUAUUGUGCAGUAUUAUAAGUGGAAGACAGUCACUGUUGUGUACGAAGACGCUACUGGGUUGAUCCGUUUGCAAGAGUUGAUAAAGGCUCCAUCCAGAUACAGCAUAAAAAUCAAGAUUCGCCAACUUCCCAGUGGAAGUAAAGAUGCACGUCCACUGUUAAAAGAGAUGAAGAAGGGGAAGGAAUUCUAUGUCAUUUUUGAUUGCUCCUACCAGACAUCAGCAGAUGUCCUAAAGCAGAUUUUGUCCAUGGGCAUGAUGACUGAAUACUACCACUUCUUCUUCACCACACUGGACUUGUUUGCCCUGGACCUGGAGCCUUACCGUUACAGUGGUGUGAACAUGACAGGGUUCCGCCUUCUCAACAUAGACAAUUCCCAGGUGGCCUCUGUGGUAGAGAGGUGGUCUAUGGAGCGCAUGCAGGCCCCACCAAAACCUGAGACUGGCAUGAUGGAGGGCAUGAUGACAACAGAGGCAGCUCUGAUGUAUGACGCUGUCUACAUGGUUGCAGCAGCGUCCCAGCGCUCUUCACAAAUCACUGUCAGCUCCCUUCAGUGCCACAGGCACAAACCAUGGCGCUUUGGAUUACGCUUCAUGAACAUGUUCAAAGAUGCUCAGUGGAAUGGCUUGACAGGGCAAAUCAUUAUAAACAAGACAGAUGGCUUACGGAAAGAGUUUGACCUAGAUGUCAUCAGUCUAAAGGAGGAUGGCGUGGAGAAGACAAUCGCGGGCAAUAGUCGACUGAAUAAAGUGUGGAAAAAGAUUGCUGUAUGGAAUUCCAACACAGGCCUUAAUUUGACUGACAGCAACAAGGACUUGUCCACAAAUGUCACAGAUUCCAUGGCCAACAGAACCCUUGUUGUCACCACUAUUUUGGAAAACCCAUAUGUCAUGUAUAAGAAAUCAGAUAAACCAUUGUAUGGGAAUGACCGGUUUGAGGGCUACUGUCUGGACCUGCUGAAAGAGCUGUCCAACAUUCUGGGAUUUGCAUAUGAGGUCAAGCUGGUGUCUGAUGGGAAGUAUGGCGCUCAGAAUGACAAGGGAGAGUGGAAUGGCAUGGUCCGAGAACUCAUUGACCAUGUGGCUGACCUUGCUGUGGCUCCUCUCACCAUUACCUAUGUGAGGGAGAAGGUCAUCGAUUUCUCCAAACCAUUCAUGACUCUUGGCAUCAGUAUCCUGUAUCAUAAGCCCAAUGGCACAAAUCCAGGAGUUUUCUCCUUCCUCAACCCCCUUUCCCCCGAUAUUUGGAUGUAUGUGCUGCUGGCAUGCCUUGGUGUCAGCUGUGUGCUAUUUGUCAUUGCAAGGUUUACACCAUAUGAGUGGUACAACCCUCACCCCUGCAACCCUGACUCAGAUGUGGUGGAGAACAAUUUCACUCUAAUCAACAGUGUCUGGUUUGGAGUUGGAGCACUUAUGCAGCAAGGAUCGGAGCUGAUGCCUAAAGCCCUCUCCACAAGAAUUGUUGGAGGAAUAUGGUGGUUUUUCACGUUGAUUAUAAUCUCAUCAUACACCGCUAACUUGGCUGCCUUUCUGACUGUGGAGAGAAUGGACUCACCUAUAGACUCUGCAGAUGACUUGGCCAAGCAAACCAAAAUAGAGUAUGGUGCCGUAAGGGACGGGUCCACAAUGACUUUUUUUAAGAAAUCAAAGAUCUCCACCUAUGAAAAGAUGUGGGCGUUCAUGAGCAGUAGGAAGAAUACAGCACUGGUGAAGAAUAACAGGGAAGGGAUCCAGAGAGUCCUCACCACAGACUACGCUCUUCUCAUGGAGUCCACCAGCAUCGAAUACAUCAGCCAGCGCAACUGCAACCUCACUCAGAUUGGUGGCCUAAUAGACUCCAAGGGCUAUGGAGUGGGAACUCCCAUUGGUUCCCCCUACAGAGAUAAGGUGACUAUAGCCAUUCUUCAGCUCCAGGAAGAAGGGAAGCUUCACAUGAUGAAGGAAAAGUGGUGGAGAGGUAAUGGCUGCCCUGAGGAGGACAGCAAAGAGGCCAGCGCCUUGGGUGUAGAGAACAUUGGAGGGAUCUUCAUAGUCCUGGCUGCUGGGCUAGUCCUCUCAGUUUUUGUAGCUAUUGGAGAGUUUAUAUACAAAUCCAGAAAAAACUUGGACAUUGAGGAGGUGAGUGUUGGUCAGUGUGAGUGGCACAAUAAGUAUUAACACAUUGGGUUAGGGUUAGUUAUAUAAUUAAUGUUGUCCUAAUCCAUUACACAGUUGCUUUUAAGAUUUUUUUUAAUGGACAAUUGUUUUGUCAGAUCAACAAAUGUCGAAUAUUGAACUGCAGUGCUACAAUCACACUUUAUUGUAGAUUAGUGUUUGAUGUAGUUUUAUUUAGAAAAACUAUGUGCAUUUACUCUUGAUUGGAAUAAUACCUUUUAGAUCCUGUUUACGUCACAAUUUUUCGACUUAGAAAAUAUAUUACUUCUUGGCCAAGGUUUUCACAAUACAGUUUUAAAUGUGUUUAUUGUGAAACAAAAUGUAAUGGUAGUGAUGGAAUUAAGAACAGAGGCCUGUUCCAUGAAGAGAGUUUACUGAAUAAGCCAAACUUAUGUCAGUUAGUCAGACUUAUUUCCAGUUGAUUCGGUUCCAUAAAGCCAGUUUAAUGUAGUUCG